GAAUAAGACUUGCUUCGCACGCUGUACAUCGCUCUACAGUCGCUGUGUCCCAUGCGCGCGGGGGGCGGCGCCGCCGCGCUGGAGGGGCUGGCCUGCGACUCCGUGCACCUCUCCGCCGACGGCGCGCCCUUCCGCCGGCGCUGGGUGGUGCUGCACGGGGAUCUCCUCGUGGUCUGCGCGCCAGGCCUCGCCGAGGCGCCCGUGCCCUGCACCGCGGCGGAGCUCGCCGGCGUGGCCGCGACGGCGCUGCCGCUCCGCGGCGCGCGCGCGAGCGUGCAGGGGUGCGAGCUGCUCCUCGACCGCGGCUGCUGCGGUGCGCCCCCGGCGCCGGCGCUGCUGCGGCUCGUCUUCCCGGGGGCGGCCAGCGCGGCGCAGGAUGGGCCCGGCUGCUGGCCCGGGCAGCCGCGCCCCCCGCGGAGGCAAAGG